UCAACGACCUCGAUCGAGAGAGAAAUUUACUCGUCGCAUCGGAGGACGGGCCGUGACACGUCAUGCUUUUAGGAUUUGAUUUACAAUGAAGUAAUGCCAGAAAGUUUCCCUGAAAGCAUUUGUUUGAGAGGAUGAUUCAGGAAGCAGCUGUCCUGGAUUUUUUUUAAAAGCAAGUUCCUUAGUUACACUUAGUUACAAAGUUUAGUAUGUACUUUGAAAUUUCUCAUGUUAAAAGAAACAAAUGAACGUGUUAAACGUAAACAAAAAGCUUCUGCAAAAAUGUGUGUUUUCAAAUAAAUGUCAGAUGAUGUUGGUCUGCUUUUACUGAUGUUGACGGUGUAAAACCGCCGAAGUAGAUAUGUAUUGGAGAAGAAAAUGAAAUGAGCUAACUUUUUUGUUGCUAAAGUGAUUUAAUCUUUCUUGUUGUUGGCUGAGAAAGUCGAUGCUAUGGGUUGUUCCCUUUGCAAUCAGGCAAAGGAAUCUGAAGAUGAAGAACCUAAGCCGAAAGAGUAUUCUUGGGAUAAAAGACCUCAGGUAGAUCCUCAUGAUUUUAUUAUUGAAAACCUGAAAGGUGAGGAUGUGUGCCGUACUUCUGGCUCAGUGAAUGGUCAGCAGUUAGUAAUACAAAACUGUUCAAACAGUAUGAUAUUUGUUCUUGAUUGUAUUGAUUCAAUCAACAUAGAUGACUGUGCUAACUGUAAAAUUAUUUUGGGCCCAGUGAAAGGAAGUGUAUUUGUAAGAGAUUGUUUGGAUUGUGUGCUUGUCGUCCCAUGUGGACAGUUCCGCCUAAGGGAUAGUCACCGAUUAGAUGUGUUUCUUCACUGCGCUACUCAACCCAUCAUUGAAUCAUCAACACACAUACGAUUUGCAUGCAUCCGUUUGCAGUACAACCAUCUGAAAGAUCACAUGAAGAUGGCUGGUCUGAGUCCUUUUAACAAUCUAUGGAGUAGUGUGCAUGAUUUCACCCCUGUGGAUGGUGAUGGUAACUGGCGCAAGCUAUCUCAGAAAGCACGACUACAAGAGUACAUAACUCCACCUUUCCCACCUCAACUUCGAGAGGCAGGUUGGACUGUAACUUCUGACUCUGGACUGAUACCUAUCAGUCAAGGAGUUGCAGAUUUCAGUGACUGGGACAUAUCCUUCGUACUGGUAUUUGGAGAUAGUGAUAACCGUCAAAGUGAUACCGCCUUGGAAUUUCUUUCGUCACUCCUCAGGCAGAAUGAUAAAUGUGUAUUUUUAUCAAGUAGGGAAGUCCAACUGCAGUCUGUGGAUGCCAUGGCCAUUGGUCUGGAGCCAGCAGUUGCAAGUAAACUUGAUAAUGGGCCAGUUGUUGGCUUAGUUGUUGGUGGACAAAAUAUAAUUGAAAUAUGCCUGAAGUUACUGGAGGAGUGCAGUCUUGAAAAUAACAUAUAUGUAAGUCCAGAUUCCAGCAGUGCCUCAAAGCAAGCCAGCAGUUUCUUUCAGUGUGCAGCAAUGCACUUGGGCUGCUAAGCAUUAGUCAAUCGUCAGGGAGGUCCCAUUGAAAAGCACCAAAAAUCACUGUAGGAGAUUAAAUUUUAUUUUUAAAUGUAAAAACAAACAAACAAACAAACAAACAAAAAAAAAAGCAAA